GGAACAAGCGAGCCGGGACACAGCAAAAGAAGAACCAAACGAAGGUUUGUAAACAUGCCAGGCGAAGUAAUUUACAUUAUUAUAACGUGAGCAGAGACCAAAAUCCUCAAAGAGAAAACGAAUUGGACAGUCCGAGUUUUAAAGGUUUUCACACUCAGUUAGAUUACAAGCUUUCUCAUGGUGAUAAAAAUGAAACACAGCUAACACUGGUAUAGUAUAUAAAGUUUUAUGUUCAAAAUUAAAAGAGGAGAAAACGGAAUUGGUGAAAAAUAUAACCAAACUGGCAUAACUCUUAAAAUUCACACUAAUCGUCAGUUACGGUGUCAGAGCGACUGCGAUUAUGCUGCGGUCCAUAUCGCGGCUAGCACAUUAUAGCGAUCUCUGUUCAUCGCACUGAAGCAAGCCUCAGGGACUACAUCGGCCACCCUUCGAGUGAAAAAAUAAGAGCUCGUUCAGAUAUCCUUUCCGAUGCGUUGAGUGGAAGGCCAAUUUUUACGGCGCUGUAAUCCCGAGCGAUCUUCACGUUCUGGUGAAUUCGGCGCACGGUCGUUCAUUCAUGAAACAAUCACCUUGAACAGUUUGUUUUCUACUUGUCAUGUGUAAAAAAACUUGCGUGUUUUUAUGAGCCACAAUUCGGUAGAAGCUCACCGAACAUUUCAUUUACAGAUUCUGUAUUAGAGACUAAUAGACUUCAGGCAAAAGCGUUAAAUUCGACCUGCCGAACUAUUUAAGUUGGUAAACCAUCGCAGAAUGUGGACUUAGAUGGUUUCGAUCCAUGAUGGCGCUGCGUGAUAAAAGGUGUAUUGCAUUGCAGGGCGGAAGUACUCGAAGAGAAAUUCUAUAUCUACGCGCGCUAAUGUAAAAUUCUCUAUUUAACUCGCGAUCGAUACCAUUUCAGUCGACAAAUUUAAACAACAUUAUUUAAACUUUUGUUGGAGUUAAUCAGAGAGAGAGAAGACUACCGAAAACUGGCAAGAAGGCUAGUGUUACGAACAUUCUGAACCUAGUAGCCUAUUCAAAUCACCAGCCAAAUAUUUGUACAAAAACAUUACACUAUGAAUUUAUUACAGAUUCUGUAUUAGAGACUAAUAGACUUCAGGAAAAAGCGUUAAAUUCGACCUGCCGAACUAUUUAAGUUGGUAAACUAUCGCAGAAUGUGGACUUUGAUGGUUUCGAUCCAAGAUGGCGCUGCGUGAUAAAAGGCGUAUUGCAUUGCAGGGCGGAAGUACUCGAAGAGAAAUUCUAUAUCUACGCGCGCUAAUGUAAAAUUCUCUAUUUAACUCGCGAUCGAUACCAUUUCAGUCGACAAAUUUAAACAACAUUAUUUAAACUUUUGUUGGAGUUAAUCAGAGAGAGAGAAGACUACCGAAAACUGGCAAGAAGGCUAGUGUUACGAACAUUCUGAACCUAGUAGCCUAUUCAAAUCACCAGCGAAAUAUUUGUACAAAAACAUUACACUAUGAAUUUGCCACAGGUUACGCAAGCUCUGUAUGAGAGGAUAAUAUGACUCGCCUAAUCAUAAUAUGAGUAACUUUGAGAUAAUAAUAUGAAUGGUAACUUUGAGAUAAUAAUAUGAGAGGUAACUGAGAUAAUAGUAUGAGAAGUAACUUUGAGAUAAUAAUAUGAGAGGUAACUUUGAGAUAAUAAUAUGAGAGGUAACUUUGAGAUAAUAACAUAAGACAAAAAAAACAAAAGGUAUGUAUGCUUCAUGUAUAUUUCCAAAAUUUCCAAAUUGCAACGUUUUUGAAAACGGUGUGUGUGUGUGCGUGUGUGUGUGUGUGUGUGUGUGUGUGUGUGUGUGUGUGUGUGUAUAUAUAGUCAGACAGAAAGUUCUGUCUGACGAACGCUUAGGCGCGAAACUCAGUAACAGAGAAUCGAUGCGUUCUCUUUGAUUCUUUCACUUGUAUUAUAUAGCACUUAUUAUAUAUAUAUAUAUAUAUAUAUAUAUAUAUAUAUAUAUAUUAUGAGAGGAAAAAAGGACGCAACUACAUUUCCCGACAAGCCUGUUUCGUGAAUCGCUACGCUCUUCAGGGGUUUAAUGAUUAAAUGUUUAAUAAUUAAAUGUUUAAAUAAUUAAAUAAAUAAAUUAAAUAAUUAAAUGAUUAAAUGUUUAAUAAUUAAACCCCUGAAGAGUGUAGCGAUUCACAAAACAGGCUUGUCGAGAAAUGUAGUUGCGUCCUUUUUUCCUCUCAUAAUAUUCAUUCCGCUCUGCUUCAACGUAUUGAGCACUGUUCCACGCGAAAAUCGACUUGCAGACUUCCUAUAUAUAUAUAUAUAAAUAUUAUGAGAGGAAAAAAGGACGCAACUACAUUUCCCGACAAGCCUGUUUCGUGAAUCGCUUCACUCUUCAGGGGUUUAAUGGUUUACCCCUCCCCACUUAGUGAAAGUCAAAAUUAAUUUCGAUGAAGCUUAGAAACUCACGUGGAAAGAAACAAAAUGUUUGUAUGAAAAUAACAACCUUAACUUCUAAAAAUGCAACUUGAAUCGAAUAUCUGUACAGUAUUUACCAACUUAAUAAAAGUAGAUGUAGAUCCAAAUGAGAUGUCAUUAUUGAAUAUUCAACAGGCGCAAAAUUCGAGAAACAAUUGACAGCAUUACACGUGGUCUGUACGUUUCUUUUUAAUCGAUAUGUGUUCAUUUUGUUGACAAGCACGCGGGAAUUUUUAACAGUAUAACUUAACAUCGCUCGAGGAACAAGUGUUUUUAUUUCUUUUAUAUAAUGUAUCGUGAAUUGCGCGCGCUAGUAUUGAAUAUUUAACACGCGAACCAAGACCAAAACACACUGAUUUUCACAUAUGUGCCUGACAUUGAUAUUGGCUUACAUGAAGAACCGGCCGAUUUUCAUAGGUAAAAGUGAAGCAUUGCGUUUGUGACUGGCCAUUUGUUUACUUUUCUGGUGUUUUUAUCUCUCAUCUGUUUGGUGACUACGCAAAUAUUAAUCUGUGAAAAUCAGACAAUAAGAAGGCUUGAAAUUCUAUUUAGAACGAUUGUGGCCGCUUUGUUAAAAACAAAAGAUAUCAAGAAACGGUCGAGGAAUAUUUCACAAUGGUGUAAUCGAUCGUGAAAGAUGAGGGUUACUAGUUCAUGGAUUACAUCUCCACCCUGGUAAAGCGCCGUUGACUUAACCGAUCGCAGCUCGGUUUAUUUUAUAUGUCCUAGAGGAGUGUAAGAGGCGUAAAGAAUGAAUCAAUCAUCACAUCUUGGCAAAUCAAAACACAUUUAGAUGCUAGAAAAGGACUGGUCUCACAGCAGAACUAGGCUUCUCAUUUGUUAAUUACUGAAAACGUAAAUUCACCACACAAUUCGGUUUAGUUACAAACAUGUACAGUUUUACAACUAGCGCUGACCUUUAAUGAUCAUAUCCAUCCCAGACGUUAAGACAUUCAAACUCCCGGAGCAUAUACCCGAUAUUAAACACAGCAUAAAUGAAACUAACAUAAUACAAAACGGUAGUUCAAUCGGAAUUUCACUUUCAUCGAGGGCCAAGCUGAGGUAGAAAAAAAUAUCAAUUUUCAAGAAAAACUUCGGGGGAAGCUAACCUUAAACUUUAAUUUAUACAAACAAGACCCUGGCAGUUAAAUAAACGAGACUCAUGAUGCUUAAAGACAAAACAUCUUCACGCCUUCUGUUCUUUAGUAAAAUUUAUGAAUCUGUAAAAUUUCCAUUCUUCAAAUUUAUUUUUCCUGUUUGGUGAACGAAACAGGCAUGCUGCACCAAGUAUAAACUUGCAUUAAUCUCAAUUUGUAAGGCCUUAUCACCAGGUAUAAUUGAUAUUUAACUUUACAAAUAUAUUCAGCAGCUGAAGCUUACCAAGAACUUUCAUUUCCAAGAAAGCACCCUAUCAAAUUAGCAUAAAGCUACCUGAGAAUCUGUUUAAAAAAUAAAUAAAUAAACCUCUGAACCGAGAAACUGCGAAUUACAACGUUUUCUUACUAAAUGUUGGAAACGAUUCAAAUAGUUUUGCUUGUAAAAGAGGGUUUCUUUUACACACGAAGGGGAGUUUUGAAAAUUUGUAAAGUUAUGGAAACGCUAGACGCUUUUAUAAAAUAUUUCCCAUCUAUUAAAUUUUAAACGUUUAAUUGGCUAUUGAUUGAUGUAGGACUCGGUAAAAUUUCCAUUCCUCAAAUUUAGUUUUCCUGUUUGGUGAACGGAAGAGGCAGCAGCAUCAAGUAUAAACUUGCACGAAUCUCAAUUUCUGAGGCCUUAUUCAGCAGGUAUAAUUGAUAUUUUACUUUACAAAUAUAUUAGCAGCUGAAGCUUACCAGCAGCUUCAUCGCAGUGAGAGAAAGAGAAGAAAAAUAACAAAGGAUGCUCUGACGCAUGUCAAAAAUUAUUUUUUGCAAAACUUUGCCGGCAACGUAUUAGUUUUCCGCGAUAGGCAAUGAUUUCGAGAAGUUAUGUCAGUUGAAAUUCCAUAUAUGGGUUUCCAUAUCAAUUGGCUAAAAGCAUUUUUUUCACCAUCGCACAAGUUGGGUUGCUUUCAUUUCCUAGAAAGUAGCUCAUCAAAUUAGCAUAAAGCUACUCGAGAAUCAUAAAAAAAACAAAUGAUAUAAGAGAAAUUGCGAAUCACAACGUGGUUUUAUUGAAAUGUUGGAAACGGUUCAAGUAAUUUUUGCUUGUGAAAACAGGAUUUCUUUGAAACACGAAGGGGAGUUGCUAGAAUUUGAGAAAUCUAUGCAAACGCUCGACGUUUUUAUAAAAUAUUUCUCUGGCCAAUGAGAGCGCGUGUAAUAUUUCAAUAAUCUAUUUGAAACACUCCUUAUUUCAGCUGGUGAUAAUGGCGGAAGUUCCCUCAGAGCCCUGCUUACCCUCUGGUCGUGACGAUGAAUUCGUUGAGCCAGUAAAUAAAGGUUUGCAAUGUGGAAUAUGUCAGUUGCCGAUGAAAGAGACGAUGAUUACUAGUAAUGGCCACCAUUUUUGCCGAGGAUGUAUCGAGGAGCAUUUACCAAGGUAAUGCAAUCGAACGCAAAAAAAUUAACUACUGAGCCAUGAUGGAUCACGGAUGGUGUUCUUAGUAAUUCUGAUUGUAGAUUCCUAGAGUUCCCCAUUUUCAGUAACAAACUCAUGCAAGUUUUACAGUAAUCUGAAACCUUUUUCAGAUCAUCAUCGCAAAGCGUUGAUAGCGUGGAAGUUCUGUUUAUUGCUUCCUUCCGUCGUUGUAUUUCCGUCGCCAGUGCAGUCAAAUCGGCUAUUGUUACGCUCUUUUUGUCGCAAUCUAUUACUACUAUAGCAAAAGAUUAUCAGCAAUUUUUGAUAUAGAGUAAGAAGAUGACGAUGUUCGAUUAGCAUCGCGCUUACUAGAUUUCAACGUUCACGCGGUUUCUGCUUGCAUUUGUAAACAGUGCUACUGUCGUCGAAAAAAUUUGGAUCUUUUGCCGCAGAAUAUCAAGGUUUUUACAGAUUUCUCUAAGAGAUAGUUACGCUGCAAGCGCGAAGAAAGAGCGACUCUUUUCUCAGUCGAAAGAAUCGCUGUAAGAAACAACAAGCUUUAGUUGAGCUUCGCAGCACGUUCGCAAAGAGACCGAAAGUUGAGGGUGGACAAUCGAACUGUCGAAGGAAAAAAGAACACUACUGAAACGAGUAGUUGAGCAGUCAACUACUCCUUUCAGUAGUGUUCUUAGCUGCGAGGAUCUCUUAAUUUCAUCUCUUCACCGCAGUACAUAUAUACGAAUUUCAUAUAUCUAAAAUAAGUCAUUAUAUAUUUUCUUACAAAAGAGUGACGUCACGGAACAUGAUAAGUGUCAGGUUUGCGUUGACGUUGUCCCUUCUCCGUUUCACCUGAAUGGGGGAAGAGUACGACUACACGUAGGCUAGAAUUUUCGCGGUUUAGUUACCACAAAAGUCACGUGGCACCACGCGUGAAGUCUAAAGCGUAAAAGGUGAAUUGACUGGAUACCAUUUUUACUAAUCUGCCCCCGCCCUUUGAUGAUAUGAAUUGUUAUUGUAGGCACCAGGAUUAAUCGCCUUUCUAUGUGUUUUUCGCUUCUUGCUUAGUUCAGCUAUCGCGUCUUCGUAGCUUUUGUUCAAUUUGUUCUUUUUUAAUGUUUGCUUUUAUUUGAUAUGUUAGUUUCGGCAUUUUGUUUAAAUAUUUAUCUUCAGUUCUCGUUUAGUUCUGCGUCAGUUCAGGUCUCGUUUGCUUCUCUCUAAGUUGAGUUCAGGUUUAUUUCUGUGUUUUUAAGUCCCUAUUGGUUUUUACGGCCUUGCUUUGCUUUGUUCGCUUAACUUAUUUUUUGCUUCGCUAUAAUUGUUUCCGCCGUUUGACUCGUUUUGAUUUCGAUGGUAAGAUUUUAGCUUGUGAGUAUAUUGUGACUAAAUCAUAAUAAAAUUUCUCCUCUAGCUUCUGAAUUGUUAUAGAAAAGGUGUGCAAUGACAGACUAACAUUGUAGAUGGUUUUUGUUGUUUAAAUCGGUUUAUCAUUUUCACAGGGAAGAACCUAAAGGUCAGAAUGACUUUUGCCCCGUAGACCGAGAAGCCAUGAAUCGAGAUAAGGUAUUUACACAUUUUUCUUUUAUUUAAGGAUCAAUGAUUGGUGUAGACACGACGGAAAAUAAUCUUUGUUUUUAAGAUUUUUAGCUUAUUAAUUUUUAAGCUCUACAUACCUGAGGAAGGCCGAAGACUGAAACAUCGUAUUAAAUCAGUAACAGAUUAGAAUUAGUCUUUUCUCCUUAUGUGAUUUGCACGUAUAAAUAAACAAAUAAAUAAAUAGAUAGAUAAAUAUAUAAAUAAAUAUAUAUCUAUAUAUAUAAAUGUGGGGGUAGAGUCUACCUUGGCAUAAAGUGCCCAAUGCUGUGGUAGCAGAGCUGAGUUCUGUCUGACGAGCGCUUAGGCGCGAAACUCAGAGUAACAGAGAAUCGAUGCGUCCUCUUUGAUUCUUUCACUUAUAUAUAUAUAUAUAUAUAUAUAUAUAUAUAUAUAUAUAUAUAUAUAUAUGAAGUCUGCAAGUCGAUUUUUCCUUUUUUUCUCUCAUAAUAUUUAUAUAUAUAUAUAUAAAUAUAUAUAUAUAUUAUAUAUAUAUAUAUAUAUAUAUAUAUAUAUAUAUAUAUAUAUAUAUAUAUAAUGGUUGAUCUUAUUUUCUUUAAGGACUCAGAUAUAUUUUCUAAGUUCGGUAGAGUUUCUGUGUUUUCCGUGUCGGAAUGAUGCGGUGUGGUUUCUGUAUCUAGUCUCGGAGUCGUUUUCUGUAAGUCCGAUGUAUGUUUCAAUGGUGCUGUUGUCCUUACGUGUGACGGUGGCUUGGUAGAUUAAUUAGUGAUGAUUGGAGGCAGUUUCUGUUAAGUGGGCAUGUGUUCUGUCGGCAGUUGCAAGUUUUGGUGUCUUCUGUGUUGGUGUUAUCUGCGGUGCCAUUGAUGUGUUUGGAUGAAUUUAAAAUGAAUUUGUUGUGGUUGUCGAUGAUCUAUUUAGCGUUAUUCAUGCAGCUGUAACUGAUCUUGAUUAUAUUACGAUUAAAGAAUUUUCUUAAUUUGUGGUCUUUCGGGAAGUCCUUGUCUACUAGGGCAAGGAAUCUACGUCCGAUGUUAGUGCUGACGUUUUUGCUGAAUGGGGGGUUGUACCAGAGUAUGUUGUUCCGUUGUCUGUUUUUUCGUUUGUUAGUUGUGGGUGGUUCGUACUGUAGAGUGUACCGGUAUCCGCAUUCAUCGAGUGCUCUUUGGUAUGGAGGAUGCUUUGUCGAGAAAAUGUAGUUGCGUCCUUUUUUCCUCUUAAAGUAUAUAUAUAUUAUUUUCUUAUCAAAUAGGUGCUGAACUAUGCAUGUAUAUUUCACAUCAAAAACGCUAUUUCUUGUAAAGUUUGAUAAUUGCUGUGCAUAUAACCGUGGCCUUAGCGUGGUGCCUUUCGACGUCCUAUGACCGGAAAUCCUUCAAAACUGGAUAUUUUGAACGUCCUUUUGUUUCGGGGGUCAUUCAUACUAUUUUCCGAGUCUGUUGAACCAUGACCAAGCCUUUUAUUUGGAGCGAGGAUGAAGGUGACCUGGUUGUGAUAGAGACCAAUAUCUAGUCAGCAAGAGAACAAUGCAAUUUACAUUUGAAAAGCAGCAAGGUUUGCAUCAUAACAAGGUCGUCCUUAGCCUCACUCCUGUUCGAAGGCUUUGCAACUAAGCACGUAACUUUAAAAUAGACCGUUGAACUAUUAUAGUUAAAACUUUAUAUUAAGACGCAACUAUAAAUUGGAGUAUAGUUGAAUAAUAUGGGAUAUAUAAAUGUGAAUAUGAAAUUAACAUCAGAUCAUAAUGUUUGUCAAUUGGGUCAAACGUUUGAAUAGUACUGUUACAGAAGUAUAGGUUAUUACGCAAAUCAAAGUAGGUUCCGAGCUAACAAAUGUCACAUGCUGUAGGUACUUGUUAUAUGUAAAUGCACAUGCUAAAAAUGUUAAUCUACCAACUUUUACUUGUGAGGAAUGUAACGCCAUAGUUUCCCGGGAGAUGGUUGGAAGUUAGAGAACAUAACCUAACAUAAGAUUCUUAUUGAGAUGAUGCUCCCUUUUUUUUGUUUGUUUUGCAAAUAAUGCUAUUAACAGUCGGAAAAUAAGCAAAGUAACAGAAAUCCUAAUGACAAACCUCGCAUGUUUACAAACACUUGCAAUUAUCUAAGGCUUCUCAUGACUCCUGCUUUAGAGAAUUUCGGUUUCUGCCACCACAAUAUUUUAAAUAAUGAUGAUAUAUUAAUUGGGAGAAGCAGACUCUAAACCAACAGUUAGUACAAAACUUUCUUCGCCAUAAAUCCAUUUUUUUUAGUCACCUUGCCGUCUUAUUUGACCCAUGCACUAAAUGCACAGGGGUGAAGGGACUAAGGAGGUAAUUUAUGGCAAUUCCCUCGAACUUUUAUUAAAUUAUACAAAAUUUUCAUUAACUUCAAGAUUCGCCUUGAUCAAAAAAGGAACAAUUGAACUCGCAUUUUUAAGAAUUGUAAGUUUUGUUUGUAUCUUGAACUCGAGCAAAGAGUGAUAGAGAUUGAAUGCUAUAUUGUAGGUUCCACCAGAAAACCAGGAAGUUCACCCCCCGUCUCACAAGGAACAUGUCAACUUACUUUUGAACGUGAGUAAGAACGUUACAGAACAGAUGGCCAUUGAUAUGGAAUUAAAUGACAAUGUUAAGAGGCAACUAACAGAUCAGAGAAAGGAGUGUUAUGAAAUGUUUUUGUUCCUGAUGAAUCAAGGUUUUAAAAGAUAACCAUUGUGAUUGAAUUCUAGGAUUAUGCUAGUAUUAGCCGUCACUUUAAGUUUCAUUUGCCAUUUUUGUAUUGGCCGUGCUGAGUACUUUAUUUCGAAUCUUUUUUUUAAACGAAAAAUUGGUUAGACUUAAAAGAUUAUUGUGUAGUUUGCACGCUAAACUUAGGAGGUUGAACAUGAAGCUGUAGUUACUUUUUCCUUAACUGCUAUAAUGAAAUUUUUCUCGAACAGUGACGUUUUUCGAUAAUCAAUUUUUGUGUUUCUGUACUGAUCUUGGAGUGGAUUAAAACUGUUGAUAAAAGCAGUUACCCAAUUACUUUCAUGCCCCACAUGGAAAUAGCCAAGAAAGUACUUGAUAUUCCCUCAUCAAAAAGCGAAUCUUCGAUCAUUAAAACUAAAACAAGAACUUUGAUGUUGGUACAAUUAUUGUCAGUGUAAAAGUGCAGAAAUGAAAUAAAUAGAUUCAAAAUUCACUUUAAAACAGGAAAUACGCAAGCUUCGAGACCAGAUUGCUACUCUUCGAGAGGAAGGGAAAGCGAACCAAGAGGCUCAUGAAGCAGAAAUUCAGCAAAGGAAUGAGAAAGAAUGUGCCUUGAAGAAACAAAUGGACGAGAAAGAAAAAGCCUUGAAGAAACAAAUGGACGAGAAAGAAAAAGCCUUGAAGAAACAAAUGGACGAGAAAGAAAAAGGCUUGAAGAAACAAGUGGACGAGAAAGAAAAAGCCUUGAAGAGAGAAAUGGAAGAGAAAGGAAAAUGGUUUAAGUAUACAUUGAUCUCUUUCUUCAUUAUUUCUGUCAUUAUUUCAGUUAUAGGAUUUAGGUCUUUUGGAGACAUGAAGGGACAAAUGGAUGGUAAAGACCAAGCCUUGCAGACACAACUCACUACAUUGUAUUAUAUCGCAGGAAUCGCCGUGAUUUUUUUCGUUUUGAAAUCUAUUCGCAGAUCUUAAACCAACCGAUCUAUGUAAGAUAGCCUUCACGUUCAGGAUAAAGGGUUUCGAAGUUUUAGCCAAACGUUUGACAUUGCUCAAUGCAGUGGAAGUGAUGUUAAUCAAUAAUAUUGUUUCCUGGAAUAUUCAUUUCAUGAUGAUUGAAAAUUCUACUUGCCCCAUAACCUCUACUGAAAUAAUUCCAUUAUGACUAAAAAGGUAGUUUCACUUGCGAAAAAAACAAAAACAAAAAAAAACAACUCAGAUCAGUUUAUUUGAAUGGUGAAAUAAUAGCUGUGAUGUAGUUUUGGGGUGAGAUUACAGUGUUUGUAAGUGAAUGUAUGUUUCCCCCGCAAUUGUACAGCGAGUUGGUUAAUGCUAUCAAUAAUAAUAAUAAUAACGACGUAUCUAUUCAUGUAUACGUGAUAUUGCUUGAAAUAAACAAAAAAAUAUUAGCCUUGACAGAAAUUACAGGAGUAGUUAAAUUUUCCCUAAAGUUCAAAUUGUAUUUGUAGUGAAAAACGUUUCUAAUUAUUAAAUCUCUUAUCGAGGAAAAUUGCGAGCGCUACUGAAAUAUAGAAAGGUAAUUUUUAAGCGUUACCUUAGCCUUUUUGUUUUGUAUGUCGGUAGUUGCAAAGGAAGAUACUUAGUGUUUUUCUUACUUUUUACUUUUACUUAUUACUUUUAAAUUUUUACUCUUUCCUUCACUUUGUCUUUUCAUUUGCUUUUCUUUUUUCCCUUAUGGUAAGUCCAAAUAAUUUCUGAUGGCAAAUUUCUAAGCAUAGAAUGGAUUAUCAAGUUAAUGUCGUUUUCAUGCCCUCUAGAAAGAAAAAACAAACAAGCAAACAAACAAAAACUAAGAGACAAAGUUUACGCAGCAGUAUACAUGAUAUGUGACAUUUAGAGUAAAUACUAGAUUUGUUACUGUAACCAACUCUAAUGUAAAAAAGUAUCUAUUUCUUUUAGGAUUUUAAACAAAUGCAAUUUAUCUUGGUAUUGCAAGAAUAAAAACAUGAUUUUUAAAACAAAAAAACACCUUAGAGGGUGUUCUCUUUUGCAGCCAUGAUCAGUUCAUGCUAGUUUAAUAAUACGCAUAAUCUAGAACAUAAAUGAUUCUUUCAUUCAGGUGAAGACAGAAAGCUAGUUUCUCAGACCUUGUGAACAGCUAUUGCUUCUAUUUUAAAUUACAUAUAAUAAGGGUUGUGUAUUUAUGGUAAUGUAUUUGUUUCGCUACUUGAACAACAAACUGCGACAGCUAUAUCAUAACAUUUGUCCGUUGGAGUGGCUUAAAUUUGUUCUUCAUUGUUUAAGUAACUCAAUUUGGGAUAAAAUAUAGAUAGUAAAGUACUAUUGCAAAAUUUUAGAUGUAUGUAGUUCUGAGUGUUCUGGCUUUGUGGGAGAAUAUAGAAUAUAGUUCUUGAUUGCUGGAGAAAAGAAGUUUGUCUAAAUUUAUUGAAUUUCGUGGGUUUGAGUUAGUAGAGAGUAAAUAUUAUUCUGGAC